ACAUCGGAGGAGAACGAAACGCUGGCGGCGACCCUACGAUGUGCUGAAACUUGGCUGCAUGAUCUGAGCGCCAAACAAGGGGACAGGAAACAGCUGCAGUGAAAGCGUCACUUUUGUAAGCUGAGGACGCCGCCGUGACCCCCUUCUUCUCCAUCAUCAUGCGGAGCACCCAGACUAUCCAGAGGAGAGGUCCGCACAGGAUCGUCACGGAGUGGUGUGUCGUGGCCAUAGUGCUCUCCCUCGGCUUCCCGCCCGCAGCCGCCCACAGCGCUGAGGCUCAGUGCUCCGCUCGGUGCGCUCAGUGCGCCCGUGAUCUCGUCUCGCUGCUGGACGGCAGCUUCAGCGCUCUGACUUGCACCUUAGAGUGUGAAGGUAUUUUGUCAUCUGUUUCAGAAUUAGACAAAUGCCAGACAUUUCUGGAAUACAUUGCUGGUUUACAAGAGUUAAGUGAGAGAAAUGAGUUAGAGCCCUCUAGGUCAGAAAUGGAAGAUGCCUUGGGUACCUCCGUUGGUGCCAUAGUGAAACGAUAUGGGGGAUUUUUUAAAAAAGUUCUCAAGAAAGAGAGAUCCCUCUUUCCUGAAGAUGCUCACCUGAAAGGCUUGCUGACAAAGAAGAGCAGGAAUUCUUCCAGUAAAUUCGGAGAGAUCGAUAUACCCAACGGUGAGCAGGAGAGUGAUUCUUCAGAGAACGAGUCAGCAGUCUAUGAUGACGACGCUGCCAUCAAUGAGGUAAAACGCUACGGAGGAUUCUUUCGGAAAUAUAACGGACGAAGAAGUAGUGUCCCGCAGGAGGAAAGUAAUCCAGAAGAGUUACAAAAGAGGUACGGGGGUUUCAUGCGAAGGAUUCGACCGCAGAAGUUCAUCAAUCAGAAGAGAUAUGGAAGGUUUUUAGAGCAUAAUUUUAAAAUAUCUGUUCGGUCAGACGAAGAUCCAGGGUCUUAUGAUGGCUUUGAUCGUUAA